AUGACCACCAGUAUCACCAGCGACGUCAACUAUAUCGAGAUGGCUCUUCCCCUCACCGCCGACGCUGACAUGCGUGGCCGCAAGAGGCACCGUAGCCCGACACGCCCUGAGAUCCGAGCCCUGCGAACAGAGGAAUCCAGCACUCUUCGCGGCCGCUCCCGUCACCGGUCCAUCUCUCCCCACCGCUCCCAGACUCGCUCGCGCGCCCGCUCUCGUGCUCGCUCCCCAGCGCCGCUCACCUCCCACGCUCUUCGCCUCGCCUACCAUGCCAGGCAGCGGGAAGCCCGCCGCGAUCACUGCCCCUCGAGGGCCGCCUCGCCCCAUCCGACAGAGCCGCCCUACCGCCGACAGCAAAGAACUAAGAGCCGCAACCGACCAGCUCUUAUCGAACUCCGUCAAAUGACAAAGGCCAAGGAGUCUGGAUGA